GAGAUGCCAGCGACCUGAGCGACCGCUGGCGCUCGUGACGCUUUUGGUGUGAAUGCACUUGCGUUUCAAAAGAUCGACUCUGUUUCGAGCAAACUGGCUCGAGCAACACCACUAGUUAUUUGCCAACCGCCAAUAAACAGUAGAAGAAGACGAGAAGACGCAAGUUUACAUGACAACGGAGACGGUGCCGUUUCCACUCUUCAUCUGGGACGAACCACCACCAUUCACAUCAUGAAGUCAAUACUUGUGAGUUUGCUGUCUCUGGCUGUCUGGAGCGUUACAGGAGAGUCUGAUGUGACCGGCAAACAUGAAACAGUUGAAGCCAAAGUGAGGGAUGACAUUGUUCUGCCAUGCUACAAAGAGCCCACAUACGACCUGAAAGCUGUAAGAGUUGAGUGGACUCACAAGGAAAAAGAAGUGCACCUCUAUCGAAAAGGGAAGGAUGAUCUAGAGCAUCAGGACAGGAAUUUCACAGGUAGAACAUCUCUCUUCCAUGAACAAAUGGCCGCCGGAAAUAUUUCACUGAGACUGAGCCAAGUAGAUGAUCGGGAUGUGGGAAAUUACAUCUGCCUUGUUAAGGUCAAAGACUCACCCGAAGUCAGACAAUGCGAUAUUCUUCUCAGUAUCGUGCCAGUGCCAGAGCCAGAGCCAGAGCCAGAGCGAGAGCGAGAGCGAGAGCCAGAGCCAGAGCCAGAGGCAGGAAAGGGUCACAUAAACUAUGCUUACUUUCUUAUUGCCAUUCCUGUCAUUGGAAUCACUGUUGCUGUCUAUUUGAUACAGAGGAGAUGUAAAACUACCAGAGGCCUGUAAAUCCAUACAGGAGAGGACGAACCGGCCAAACAACCAAGGAAAAGAACAAGGACAAUCCCAACACAAUCUGACAAUCUGAGUCUGACAACAUGGGCUAUAUGAUACAGUGUUACUAGUACUUACUAGUACGUAGUAGUAUAGCUUUUGGUUCUUGGACCCAGCUACCAAUCUCAAAACCUACUGGCCAGCACUUUGAAAGUAAUAAGUUUCUGGGGGAAACGACUAAUACUGGAAGUGGAUAUCCAGGCCAAAACUCCAUAUUUGUGUUCAUUUCUCAUCUUUAAAAAGACAAACAAUUAUAUACUGUGGACCUCAAUACAUCUCAGACUUGGCCUAUAAAUAGAAACUUGAACACUUCCAAUACCAAUAUUUUCUAUCAUGUGCCUCCAGUAGAACAAAACACUAGCUAUAAGUCAUUUGGAUCUAGAUUUCUUCAUAUGGCAAUAAUUGUAUAUUGUAGAAAAUUAUGUGGUAGGUAGUCAUCUGGAUUUUCUGGAUUGAUGACAAAUUCUAGCUUGGAAAUCCAGACUCAAAUGUAGAAAGAAAGAAAGAAGUGCAAAUUAUAAUUUUCUAGGGGCGGGGCAUCUGUAUUUCCAGGUUAGACAAAUUCACCUUCAAGCUGCAUAUUGAUGCACUGACAAAAAAAUUACAAAUUAAGCUUUGUAUAGAAACAAGUCUCGUUUCCCUCCAUCAUGUAGAAAGAAGAUUGUGGAAGCAAUAUUUGUUUCAGUGCUAGACUAUGGUGACGUAAUUUAUCGCCAUGCAGCAGCCUCCACCAUUCAGCCCUUAGAUUUAUAACCGUAGACAGCCAUAGCACUCAUCAUUGUCUUCUUUAUCAGAGAAUGGGUUGGCCUUCUCUGUCUAUUACAAGGGACCAGCAUUUGUUUUUAUUUAUUGUGCACCACACCUGGAACAAAUUGCAGUGCACUUUGAAACUUGAUAGUCUUGUUAUAACAGGUCAUUCCAGAUUAGAGUUUAGAUUCUCUGCCCGAGCCCAAACCUGAUCUGGAUCCAUGACAGCAAAAAGACGGGGACCUCGACACUCUAAAUGUAUAUUAUUGCACUGUAUCGUGCUUUUGAAAUUGUUUAUUUUAUGCUGUUAUUUAUGUACCCCAAUCUCUCUUCGAAAAUGAAAGGGUAAAUAAAGGGUUUACCAGCUCAGUGUCCUAGUGGUAGAGUGUCUGCCCUGAGACUGGGAGGUCGUGGGUUAGAUCCCCGGCCGGAUCAUACCAAAGACUAAAAGAAUGGGACCCAUUGCCUCCCUGCUUGGCACUCAGCAUCUAGGGUUGGAAUUUGGGGGGUUAGAUCACCACAUGAUUCCCGAGCGCGGCACCGCUGCUGCUCACAGCUCCCUCAGGGGAUGGGUCAAAUGCAGAGAACAAAUUUCACACAUUCAGGUGUGUGACAAUCAGUGGGACUUUAACUUUUAAUGAUAACCAGCGGUGGAGGCAAUAGCAUCACCAAAGGGCCCACCCUCCAGUUCCCCUCCUUGUUAACACCAUGUUGUUAGUGCUGUUCACACUGUUAGCACUUUUAGCUGCUAGCUGCCAGCGUGGCCACACUGAUACUGAGAGCCGCGUGCAGGCAUCUUAAUCGGAAUCUGAAUGUCGUACACAGCUCCUUUUAAAAUAUUGUUUUUAACGGAGUUCUGGUGUUAAAAUGUCAGCAAUGACAAGCACAAUUUUUCUUAUGCUUAUCUAAAAAAGGUACCUGAAUGCGAAAUUUUUCCUUCACUGGAUACAAGGGAUAGCAGGCGUUCUCCUGUUUGCUCUCAUGAUGGUGCUGUUGUCUGUCUUGUGUGAAUCCACAAAGGUACAUAUUAGCUCACUGUCACAGUGAUGUGAUGGGUGUCAGGUUUCAUAGGAACAUAAUUAAUUAUUAAUAUGUAAAUUUUGAUAACAACGGUUCUAUUAAUGUGUGUUCUAUGUAUGGGGAACAAUAUGAUGUAAAGUGUAACAGUGCAAAAAUUGUUAUUAUGAUCUGCAGAACUAAGGAAGAUAAAUAUAUGGCGUUUCCUGACUUUAAACCGGCAGGUAAUGUUCUGAAUAUCUGCAGUGUAGUUAAAUACCUUGGACACGAGCUGACAGAUGACGAGGACAUUUAUCGUCAGUGUCGUAUGUUGUAUGUGCAAGCAUUGUAUUGUCACGUAAAUUCAGUUGUUGCACUGAUGGAGUAAAGCUGACUCUGUUUAAAGCAUAUUGCUUUCCUUUGUACACUGCAAGUGGCAUAUAAUGACGCUCUGAGAUUAGUGCUAAAAAGGCCCAGAUGGACCAGCGCUACUGACAUGUUUGUGACUGCUCGAGUAAACACUCUGGAAUCUGACAAACAUUGUGUACAGUGCCACACGCUGCUUGUCUCAUAUUUGGGAGCACUGGUAUAAGUGCCUUUUAAAAAUAGGUCACUAGACUAUUUUUUUUAUUGUUUGUUUAUCUAUCUAUCUAUCUAUCUAUCUAUCUAUCUAUCUAUCUGUCUGUCUAUCUAGUUGUAAUGACCCCAAGCAUGUGACCAUGAGUAUUUACUGCACUGGAGCCGUAUGUGGACGUGGAAGGUCCAUGACCAAAACAUCAAAAUGUAACAAGGUUGGAGUGAGAAUGUGUUGACUAUGCUGGCUGAUUUGAAUUUAGACUGUGCUUAUCUAUGAGAGAUUACAGCAGGUUAUAUAUGUAAGAUACAUAGUUUCAACAGAUAAAUAUAUUGAAAGGUUAUGACCUCUGUGAAAUAACUUAAGUGCCAACUUUUCAUCCAGUAUUUCCAGCGAGACUUAAAAAUGAUGUGCCUGUUAUACUCUUGAGUGCUGGAAUCUUUGACAUGAGAGCAGUGAUUUUGUAAAUUUUUUUAUUAAAACGCACUUGCAGGGACAUUGUUCAUAAGUGUGGCUUGUGAUGCAUUGUUACCAUCAUUUUAUAAAUCUUUGUCAUUGUCUGAGGUCCUGCCCUUGAUGGGAUUGAACCUGUGCAGUAGAACCAUCUCAGUAACACUUUUUAACCUCUUAAUCCCCUAUGACAUGUUAUACUCACUGAACAGAACGUCUUUAAAUGUCUUUAAAGAUUAAUUAUUUUAAGCUGGCAUUCCAACAAAGUUGCUGUAUGUGUGUGUGUAAUAUAAAGUAUUAAUGCAAGUGUUGAUGCACUUACUACAUUAUUUUAGUAUUUUACCACUAAAUGGGUUUUUAUUUUUAUUUCUUCUUGCACUCCUCUGUUUUCAGCACUAUACAGUCUGUACAAUGUGUUAUGACACCAGAACUUGAACUUGUAAUAAAAAGAUUAUGUUUUUAAUAAA